UUACUGCUGAAAAAUAUAUACUGGAUUAAAUAUUCUAUUUACGCAACUAUUGAUUACUGGUAAAUCGAAGGUCUCGGCGGGGAUUUAUUGGGUUAAAAACUAGCUAUCAUCGUUUAUUUCCAUUACGAAAUAUUUAUUCACAUACACUCCUUCAUAUAUUUACACAGCAUAAAACAUACUGGCUAGACUCUAGUCGCUACAUACACAUUUAAUAAGCUCCUGAAUUCAUAAUUGUACACCACUUGUUGAUUACUUCCCGCGUGAAGUGUGUAAAAGGGAUGGAUGACUCUCAACGUUUAUCGUCAUCUAAGUAUAUAGUAGCGGAAAAGUGGAGACUUGUACGGAAAAUCGGAAGUGGAUCAUUUGGUUCUAUAUUUUUGGGUGUUAACAUCGUUACGGGAGAGGAAGUAGCAAUAAAAAUGGAGCGUGUACGCACACGACAUUGUCAACUGUAUUUCGAAAGUAAAGUGUAUCGAGUACUGCGAGAAACUCCAGGAAUACCUCGUAUUCAAUUUUAUGGACUUGACGGCGUUAGAAAUCUAUAUCAUGCUAUGGUAAUAGAACUUUUAGGACCUAGCUUGGAAGAUCUUUUUACGUUUUGUGGGCGCAGAUUCACAAUGAAAACUGUUUUGAUGUUAGCUGAUCAAAUGUUAUGGAGACUUGAUUUUAUACAUGCAAAGGGUUUCAUUCAUCGUGAUAUAAAACCAGAUAAUUUUUUAAUGGGUAUUGGUCGUCAGUGCAACAGAGUUUUUAUAAUUGAUUUUGGUCUUGCCAAAAAGUUUCGAGAUCAUAGAACACGUCGUCAUAUUUCAUACAGAGACGAUAAAUCUCUUAUCGGUACAGCGCGGUAUGCUAGUCUUAAUUCCCAUGCUGGUAUUGAACAAUCUCGAAGAGAUGAUAUGGAGUCUCUUGGUUACGUUUUAAUGUAUUUCCUCCGUGGUAGUCUACCAUGGCAAGGACUACAAUAACAGGCCAGGCUUUGUCUCCUGAAUCCCAAUGGCUCAGUGAGAUAUAGGGUCUUGGGGGUAGCAAUCAUAUUUAUUGUCGGUUCGAGUAAUAUCAAUGCAAAUCCGGCUUUCCGAUUAUUGUACAAAAUUGACUCGGUCAUUUCAACUGGUGACGUUAUUGGUGUUAUUAAUCUACAAUAUCUAUAUUUUUGGAUGAUCUCGAAUCUAUUUUACAACUGAAGCAGGCUCAAAAUAAAGCCAACCAACUGAAGCUUCUCGAAUCAUUGAUGCAGAAAUUGUCGAUCCAUUCCACAUCAGCAUCUUCAUCUUACAAAUGUGAAAAUACUGUUAAUUCUACCAUUGUAUGUGUAUCUAAAAUAUAGAGGAAGUUAUUAAAUGAUGACUGUCAAUGGUAUUGCUUACAAUGUUGUUCUCAGUGUCAAACUGUUAUUCUCUUAUUUUUUAUUUAGUUUUUACACUACUUGAGUUAUCGAAUUACGAACCAUAAAGAUAAAUAUUGCAUGCAUUAGUUGUUUGUGCGAUACUUUUUAUCACUGAAUUGUGAUUCUUAAAGGUGAAAAACUCUCAAACUUCACAGGUUUUUAUGUAUCGAUAUCUUCGGAGUAUUAUUCACGUCUAGUACGAUUACGAAACUUAGGAUAUUAUGUGUGAGUAUGGAACUCUAAGCAAAGAUUUAUGAACUUUUUCUAUGUUGGCUAGUCUAUUUGUUGCAUAGAGCAAGAUACUAAUUGCUUUAGUGCUUAAUGCUAGCUAAUGUAGUAUUAAGUUUGAAAAUCACCAAGGCUGAACGCACCAGGUUAUGGCACCAUUCCAUACAAAUUUGGUUGUUUUGACAUUGCUGUCUUCAAUGUUAUCCACGAGAUAACAGAAAUCAAUGACUAACAAUCAGUGUGUAAUAAUGAGUCUUUUCUGUCCUCUUUACUUCCUUUAAACACCUUUUUACUUUCCUUCUCUUCACUUUCUCUGUUUUCUUAUUUUAUUGUUCUUUCAUUGCUGUUGACUUCCUCUUUUUGUGUUGUUACAAUGUUUGAGUUCAAACAUAUACAGAUCAGUCUACUUAUUAACUUGGUAUUUGAAUCUUUUAGCAGUACAGUCAGAAUAUUUCCAUUGAGUUAUUAUUAUCUCAGUUGCCUUCAAUAUCAUAUUACAGUCCUAAGUGUUCAUCAGUAUCAAUAAAUCCAUCUAAAUACUUAGAUGUACCUAGUAUUAAAUAAAUGAUAUUUGAUAGGUUAAACGAUGGAUAUAAUCUUGCAGUAUUCUUGUGUUGAUUUAUAGCAACUGAAAUUAUUUUACUUCCCAAACUUCAUAAUUUAUUAAAUUACUUGAAUGUAGUAUUUGUAAAAUUGAAUAGUGAAUAACAAGGUCUUCAUCUAUUGAUUAGUGUAUGCUUUGAGCUUCAAUACACUGUAGCGUUAUUUAUCUGGGAUGCCUUAUUACCUCCUCAAAAACACAAGUAGAACUUAUAUCUUGAUAAACAAUCGUAUAUUAGAUUAGCUAGAUAUGUAAUUAUACGAUUUAAUUGUCAUUAUUAUGAGUUCUUAGAAGCAUUAGGGCGAUUGUCACUUCUCGGUUUCCGAUACGUGGAAGAAUAGUUCUUCUCCAGUUACUUGAAAAAUAAACUGGAUUAGUGGUGGUCUUGGGAAUCUAGAAGUGUGACCACAGAUCUAAAGAAACAAGUGGUUAAAACCCGUCACACACGACCUUUUUAGAGUAGUUUUAAAUGAAGUAGCUCCAGACCUAUUGUUGUAGAUGGUAAUCCUUGGGACCUUUCCUAGCCUUCUCCUUUCGUUAUGGGAAAACAGCAUCUCUGUAGGCGUUGGUUGUCUGAAGGAGGCACCUUAGUAGCACUACACCUAUAUUCCAUUGGCAACAUAAUUCCCAUUUCAGACCAUGAGUUUUGGUGCUCUUAGUUUCCAACCAACCUGAUUGGCGUGGCAGGACCCAAAUAAACGAGUGUCCCAUCCGAUAUUAUCUCAAUUAGGUUACCACGAUAAACGAGCCGACCAUCACGUCACGGUAGGGGCUAUGGUCGGCUUCUGGUAUACUUUACUCUUGAUAAUUGUGUUGUUGAAUCAAAGUCAAUGUAUUUUGUCUGCAUAAUCAAGUAUUGGUGUGACUCAAGGUAUAUAUUACACAAAUAUGUGGAUUAUUAUUAAUAUAUAUCCCAUUAUUUCAGUUGCUCAAAUUAUUUAACUGUAUCCAGUUAAAGGUCUUUUGUUUAAACGUAUAUAGUGAUCAACCAGUAUUACUUCAAUAAGUCGGAUAGGAUAUUGAAGAAAACUGAUUUGUUUAGUGAUUACUCGAAAAAUCAGUAACUUAUGCAGAUUUCACUAACAUCAGACUAUGAACCACAAUUUUAAUUUCAAUUGCUACAUGUGUAGGGUACUCAAUUUUUUGGAUCUUGAUAGAUGAAAUGGGCUAGUAAAUUAACGUCGGACUCCUAAAAACUAAUGAUAAAGACGGUUACACAUCUCUUUAUGUCUUCAUACCGUGUUCGUGUAUUUUUCGCACUGAUUUUCCGCUAUAUCCAACAUAUUUAUUGAUAGUAAACUGUAUUUCAGUUUUACCUUUCUUCGUUUAUUCUUUUCAUCCCCCUUUUUAUAUUGCGAAGUUGCACAACGGUAAUUUUCUCUUUUCUUAAAAGGCUGGCAACAAACCACAGAAAUAUGAACGAAUACAUGAAAAGAAAGCUAGCACACCAAUUGACGUAUUGUGCCGUGGUUAUCCUUCGGAAUUUCUUGUUUACCUGAGUCAUUGUCGUGCUUUGCAAUUCGAAGAAACACCGAAUUAUGGUUUUUUGCGGAAUAAUUUUCGUAAUCUCUUUCGAUCUUUAUCAUUUGUCUGGGAUUAUGUGUUUGAUUGGACAUUGUUACGUCAGAAAGCGUCUGCAAUUGAACACCACCAACAACAGCAUCAACAACAACAAUCAUAUCCGCUUUCACAGUUUACUUCUGGUAAUGAAGGUUGCGAUCAUCGUGCUCCUACUACAGAAGCACUCGGCACAAGAGGAACUGGGACAUCCGGUGGAAUUAUUCCCCCUGGUCAGAAAACCAGCACAAAUGUUGCUGCUGACACAUCGGUAAAGGAGUAGUAUAUACAUACAUAUAUACAUAUGUAUAUAAGAUCUCGUUACAUACAUAAUAUUUUACGUUUGAGCUCACCCGAGUUGACAGUGCUUACAAUUUUGUUUUAUCUUUUUAUUUUCAAAAGAUGAGGAAGAAGAGUUAUGCCUUCCAUUUUAUUUACUUUCAUUCUAUAAACUAAUAUUAUUAUCUGUUUGUCGUUUAUGUACGUUUUGGUGGGAUCUCGUUUAUAGUAUUCUCUAAUACAGCAGCAGCUUCAUCAUUAUUAUAAUUUUCUAUUGUAUUCACUUAUGUGUUUUGCGUACACAUUGAUUAACAACCAAUCAACUGUCAUUUUUGUAUAUUUUAAAAAUUAUAAUUUCUAAAUAUUAUAUUCAAAUUGAUAAUAAUAAUUAUAAAUGUAAUAGCCGUCAAUUCUAGAUGGAUUUAUCACUUUUCCCAUCAACUACAUAAAUGCUGGAUCCACUUGUUUCCUUUUAAAUGUCUGUCUAACAUUCCAUAUCUUUUCUCUGCAUGUUAUAAUUAAAUAGGAUACCGACCCUAAGUAUACACGUGUGCAUGUCUGUAUUUGUCUGUUUGUAGGUCUUAGGUGUGCGCUUACUAGAUUAUUCACAGUCAUGCGUAUACCAUAUUAGCUUCUACCAGGAGUUAAUUUGUAUUCAUUGAUUUUGCUGUAUUAUUUCCUAGUAAAAACUGUCAUACUGUGACGUGUUGUAUUUUGUGCCUGAUCUAACAAGUCCUCUUUUGUUUGAUUUCUAAUCCUUUCUAAGUGACGUAUUCAAGUGUUAGCUUAAUUUUAGAAUUCUUGAUAUGUUAUAUUUUCCUAACGUGUUCACGCUAGUAAUCUGUUUUUAUUCCCUUUUUGUAUAGUUUGUUGUUGUUCUUAUUGCUGUCCAUCAAGUUUUUGGUUGUUUCGCAUUAGUUUUCUUGGUUUUAUUGAAGGAAUUGGUAGUUUUUUAAUGAUUAUUAUCAUUUCUCACUUUGUAUCAACUAUUUGAAUAGGAAGGAAUUCAUGAUACUGAAGCGCUUCAUUUAUCCUCUUCACACUUAUUGUUUCACUACGGUGUUGCGCAUACAUACUGUCAUAGUGUCUUUGUACAGAAUGACUCAGUAUUUAUUUUUAUUGUAAGCAGAAUUUUAACCUCUAUUUCAAACAGCUUUUAUAUAGACAAGUUUUGUUUUAUUCAGGAUGUAUUCAGCGAUGCUGAAGUAUGAUUGAAUGUACUUGUAUAUCAGUCGGUGUAUAACGUAUGUGUUUAAUACUUAUUCAUGUAUAAGUCAGAAUUGCUCGUUUUCCUUUUACAAAGGCAUUUGUAUUUUCACAUCGAAAAUAUAACUAAUUAACAAUGUACUUAUGUUUAUGUCUUUUCCCUAUAUUUGUUUGAUUAUCAUCCGUCACAUACAGUGGUAUAAUCCAUAUUAUUAUUAUUAUUAUUAUUAUUAUUAUUAUUAUUAUUAUUAUUAUUAUCUUAUUGUGGCUAUUGCUAUUCACUGAUUUAACUUGUUUUCUACCGCUAUCUUUUGCAUCUCUUGAUUGCGAAUCGUCUUUGAAAGCAAAAGGUACUUUUAUAUUCAAUUUUAUCACAUGUCAUAUAUAUAUAUAUAUAUAUAUGACACAAAUAUGUAGACACACAGAAUCACAUCAUCACGCAUUGAAUUUCUUAAUAGAUGCGAAGCUGUACUGGUCAGUUCGUUAAUUUUUAUUGACUAUAUUUAACUUUUGAAAAGGUGUGAAUUUUGUUGUUUAUCUUCUUUCCCACUGUGUUUUAAUGUGUUGUACCUUUGUAUAUUGGGUUUAUUAUUGUUUUGGGUAAAGUGCCUAUCUUUUUUAUAUGUUUCAUUUUGUGUACUGUUUCGUUUUUUAUCUCAUUACAUAUAAAUAAUCAAUCAUCCAGUUUCAUCGUAUAAAUCUGAUCCCUUUUACUACAUUUUUGCUUUCAAUUUGGCGUUUUCUCUGCUUGCGAACAUUUCGAUAUACGUCUAUGUUGCUAUUGUCAUUCUUGUUUUAACUUUAUCACUAGAAUAUUCUCUUCAUCUUCAAUUAAUACGUUUUCGUCAAUUUUUUUUCUAAAUGAAACGAAUUUCAAUAUGAUGAAUAUAUAAAUAAUAUUUUGUUCAUUUUUUUCUGAUAACGGAACAAAAGUUAGGCGAAAAAGUUGGAAACAAACACGAAAAGGUUAGACAAGUGCAAAAAUUGCAUACGUUUAAGAACUAAGACAUUGAAUGGUGAAAUACUAAAUUUAUAACCAUCCAUAUAUUUUUAUCAUUUUUGUCUAUUGUUAAGACAAAAACAGCUGAUGUAAUACAGCUUAUUUUUUAGCUUUAUAGGCUCUGAUUUAUAAAUAAAUAAAUAUUCCUUUUUUACCUAGUUAUUCCUUAUCACUUAGUUGGGUUAAAAAUUAUGCUUAAUUAUUUUGUGCGUGUAAGUGAUUACUAAAAUUGUUUCAAUUGGAGUAGAUUAAUUCCCCUUGUAGAUCAUUUAUUAUCAUCUACUGUUUUAGGUAAAAUGAAGCUAUUUGGUUGUGGAAUGGCGUUCUUACUUAGAACUCAUUUCUCGGAUGGUGAGUUCAAAAGCUUUGUUACUUCUAUGUAACUGCUGAUCAACAUGACGUUGAUGAAGUAAAUAAUAAAAAUCUUAAGUUAUGUAGUCGAGGGAACAUUUUCGUCUUAUAGACUGUGAGCUACAAUUAACAUGAUAUUAAUCCUCUAUCGAAGCACUUGUUAAUUGACAAACUCGUUGAACCGCAACUUGUCAGUUAUUUUCAUUUCACAGUUUGUACUGGAUGUAUUUUAUCGCCCUAGUAUCAAUGUUUUAAUCUAAUUGACCUUUAUUGCGUAAAUUCAAAAUGACUCAUACGACUAAGGGGAUCUGUGAAACAAUAUUUCUUAGUACCGAUGAGUAGUUUUUCUAAAUGAGGAUUUUCAGUGAAGUUUUUUUCCAUUGUAUGUACGAUGGUGUUAUAUACAUCGUAGUUCCAAGAAAUUGUGACAUAACGGUUAAGGAGUUCUACUUAUAGUCAUUAGAUCCCAAGUUGGGGCGACCGUUUAGCAUCGUUAUCUCUCAUACUUAAGGUGUUGCUCAUAUCCAAAUGCCUGGAGAAUGGAUUAACUUAAAUCUUUUUUUCAAGAAAUUUAAAAUAAAAUCUCAUUCUUCUGAAUUAUUUUAUUAUUCACUCACAGUAGUGGAGUGUUAGAUAUCUUGCAGUCGCAAAAUUAAUAGAC